GUGAAGAUGGUCUGGCUCAUUCUAGUCUCUCAGGCCAAGAAGACAGGAGCAGGUACCGUCCCGUGUGCUGCUGUCGUCCUGAACCUCGUCGUCGUCAUCGUCAGUCUACUUGCAGCCACUUCGAUGAAGAGUCCUGUGGGCGCCACGCUGCUCAGCCUGCUGGUGGUGGCGUUGCUCGGGGCAGCGGCCGCUCACCUCGCUUACAGGUCAGGCCAGCCUCGACCCUUCUCGCCCGAUGAAGAAAGAGCCUACAGGGACAAACAGACGCCCUUCCUUGAUGACCAAGACGCUCCAGACCAGUCUCAGGCACUGCAGGUGUGGGAGAAGCGCGGGUUCGGCUCCAUGAUGCCCGCCUACCUGCUGCAGCUGUACCGCCCCGACCAACCGCUCAUCAACCCGUCCCUGCUCUUCCGCUCCUCCCAAGGCCGCGGCAGGGGCGCUUACACUGGCCAGGGAUGA